AUGAUCAAAGUGUUGGAGAAAAAGAUUGAAGAAGUCCAAGGUGUAGAACCUACCAAAGAGAAUCUGGAAUUAGAGGCUGCCCUUAGCCUUGAGUUAGAUGAUUGGUUGGCCAAAGAGAGUCUCAAAUGGCAGCAAAAAUUUAGGGAGAUUUGGCUUAAAGAUGGGGAUAGGAAUUCAAGAUUUUUUCAUCUUACCACUUUGGUAAGAAGGAGAAGAAACUUUAUUUCUGAUAUUAAGCAGGAGGACAGUUCCUGGAUUUCGGGCAGGGAGGCUAUCCAAGAGUAUUUUAUCGCCAACUUUCAAUCCUUAUACCAGUCAAGUAGGCCCCAAAUCCCAGAAAACUUGGAAAAUCUUAUCGAGGCUUGUGUCUCAGCUGAAGAGAAUGUUGAGUUGUGUAGAAUCCCUUCUAGAGAAGAAGUUAAGAAGGCGAUAUUUGGGAUUAAAUCUCUUAAAUCUCCUGGUCCAGAUGGACUUUCAGCCCUCUUUUAUAAGCACUACUAG